AGAAAACAGUUAGUUACGUGUGAACAGGUUCUUGUUGAGAGAGAGAAAACAAAGGGAAAGAAGAAGAGAAAAGAUCCAAAUUUCAAUCACACCCAUUUCAGAUUUUCACCAUUGGAAUUGCGAAAUGCAGAAGCAGAGUUUUGCAGGAUCAAAAUCCUCUUCAAAAUGCACUGCGGUGUUGCCAUACCAGACCCCAAGGUUAAGGGAUCACUACCUUCUGGGGAAGAAGCUGGGUCAGGGUCAAUUCGGCACCACGUAUCUUUGUACUCACAAGGCAUCAGGGAAGCUUUACGCCUGCAAAUCGAUCCCGAAGCGAAAGCUUCUAUGCAAGGAGGAUUAUGAUGAUGUGUGGAGGGAGAUUCAGAUCAUGCACCAUUUGUCUGAGCAUCCUAAUGUGGUUCAGAUUCAAGGGACCUAUGAGGAUUCUGUGUUUGUGCAUUUGGUCAUGGAGCUUUGUGCUGGUGGUGAGCUUUUUGAUAGGAUUAUUCAGAAGGGGCAUUAUAGUGAGAGAGAGGCUGCCAAAUUGAUUAAGACUAUUGUGGGGGUUGUGGAGGCUUGUCACUCUCUUGGGGUUAUUCAUAGGGAUCUUAAGCCGGAGAAUUUCUUGUUUGAUACCCCUGGCGAAGAUGCUAAGAUGAAGGCCACCGAUUUCGGUCUCUCUGUGUUCUACAAGCCAGGACAAGCCUUUCAUGAUGUAGUGGGAAGUCCCUACUAUGUUGCCCCUGAGGUGUUGUGCAAGCACUAUGGACCAGAAGUGGAUGUAUGGAGUGCUGGUGUAAUCCUAUACAUCUUAUUGAGUGGGGUGCCACCUUUUUGGGCUGAAACCGAAGCAGGAAUUUUCAAACAGAUUUUACAUGGAGACCUUGAUUUUGUGUCUGAUCCAUGGCCAAGCAUCUCAGAUAGUGCUAAAGAUUUGGUAAAACUGAUGUUGGAGAGGGAUCCUAGGACAAGAAUUUCUGCUCAUGAAGUUUUAUGUAACCCUUGGAUUGUGGAUGAAGAAUUUGCCCCUGACAAGCCUCUUGAUUCUGCUGUUUUGACACGCCUAAAGCAUUUCUCAGCAAUGAAUAAACUUAAGAAGAUGGCACUGCGUGUCAUUGCUGAAAGACUUUCAGAGGAAGAAAUAGGGGGGUUGAAAGAGUUGUUCAAAAUGAUUGACGCUGACAACAGUGGCACAAUAACUUUUGAGGAACUCAAGAAUGGUUUAGAAAGUGUGGGCUCUAAUCUCAUGGAAUCUGAAAUUAAAUCCCUUAUGGAGGCGGCUGAUAUAGACAACAGUGGAACAAUAGACUAUGGUGAAUUUCUUGCUGCGACAAUGCACUUGAAUAAGAUGGAAAGAGAGGAGAAUUUGAUUGCUGCAUUUGCCUAUUUUGAUAAAGAUGGUAGUGGUUACAUCACCAUUGAUGAACUUCAACAGGCUUCUAAAGACUUUGGCCUUGGUGAAGUACAUCUGGAUGAAAUGAUCAAAGAGAUUGAUCAAGACAAUGAUGGGAGAAUUGAUUAUGGGGAGUUUGUAGCGAUGAUGAAACAAGGGGAUGCUGAUGCUGUGGGUAGGAGCAGAACCAUGAAAGGAAAUUUGAACUUCAACAUUGCUGAUGCAUUUGGAGUGAAAGAUUCUUCUUGAUAUGCUAACUGAAAUAUCUUGUACAGUUAGGAAGCAAGGUGGUAGAAGAGAAUCAGUCAUAUUUACUUAGCUAUAUAAUUGUGAUCUAAUUUACAUUUGAACUUUGUUAACUUUCUUCAGCAAUGGUUUAAUCAAUUUCCUUUCUUUAGAAA